AUGGGUGCCGUCGUCUCUUGCAUCGAAAGCGUCUUCCGCGCCAUCGGCGCUUGCAUCAUGGCCGUUGUUAACGCCAUCGGAUCCAUCCUGCACGCAAUCAUCAGCGGUGUCGUCACCGUCAUCGACGUGAUCAUCUCCUGCCUGACCUGCGGCUCCUGCGGGCGGCGUAGUCGUCGAAACCGGUCCGCGGUAUAA